UCACGUGGGUUUAGAGGCAAGACCAUUUCGCGGUGAACCAAACACGCGGAAGCCGGCGGAGCCGCCCGCGUUUCGCGGACGUCUCCCAGCCCCGGAAAGCGGCGCGCGUUUCGGCGGCGAUGGCGCGGCAGGUGGCGGGUGCGCGGGGCGGCGGCUCGGCGGCGAUCGUGGUGGGCACGGCGCUGGGCGGGCUGGCGGGAUUCUACGUCAUGCACCACGCGGAGCGCCGCUACCAGGAGCGACUGCGGCAGGACAUGGCACGACUGGACGCGAGGGACGAGGCAGCAGCGCGCACAGCAGCGGACGACGCACAUGGCACGCAGCUGGACGCCCCAAAGACAAGCACGCACUGACCGCCCUUGAGCGCGCCCUCUCACACGCACACCAGCGCCCAUGGCUCCUCUCGCCGUGGUGUGUGCACAGUGCUGCAGUCACUUACACGGACACACGCCUGAUUGAUGCAACCCCACCGACAGUUCACUCCUGGUGUAGUGUUGGCGUGGCACGUGCACAGGUGCAGGCAUGCACGCCAAUACCCCCUGCAAGGGGAGCGGGGACUUGCCACUCCAGCCUUUGCUUCUGCUUGCUCGCUUUGCAGUGGUGUCUCCUAGGAGGGGGUAUGAAUUGACUAUCAAGAUGAGUAGUUGAGUAGAAUAGAAGGAUACAGGGAUAUAUAGACUAGGGGUUGUAUGUACCCUUUAAGGCACAAUCCAGUAUAGUCUACAGUAACUACAUAAGUUACAUUUGCCACACCCCCGAAGACUACCGUAAUCCCCCGUAUAUAACACCCGCCGAAAUAGUCACUCCGCGGGUGGUUUAUGCGGGGGAGAGCUUAUGAUAGGGUGAAUUUAGGAGAGCACCCGCUUUUCGGGGGUUGCAUUUUACAUAACACCCUCCUCGUUUUAUACAGCAAAGAACAGUAUUUCGUAGUUUUUCAAGCUCAGCUCGAUUGAGAAAAAAAACGAACAGGAUGAAAAACGCAAUGUCAACUACCAUUAGCAGCGAAAAAACUGGCAGAAACAUCAACACAAGUUGCAGCGCGAAAUGGAAAUGUCAGCAAAGGUCAAGACUCGGGAGGAUUUCGACCGUCGAAUUCGCGGAUUCUGUUGUGAUUUGACGGUCAGAAUCCUCCCGAGCGAAAUCCUCCCGUCGAAGUCGCGGAUUCUGUCGCGAUCAUGACGGUCGCAGCGGAUGCUGUACCUCGCUAACAGUCGCUCCGCGCAGUUUUGAACACACAUGGCCUAAAACACUCAAAUUCAAAUUGCAUUUUACAUAACACAUGGGCACUAUAUUUUUCCGGGCCACUGUUAACACCCAGUCAUUUUUUUAGUGAAUUUUUAUAUACACCAUAGGGUGUUAUAUAC